AUGACCUCCAAGGCUGCCCGUCUGGGCGAAGAAUCGCGAGUCGAGAAGAUCAACGCCGAAGUCAUCACCUUGACAUACGGCACUAUCGUCGCCCAACUCUGCCGCGACCUCACGCUUCCGAACACCGCCCAGAAGACCGACUAUGCCGCCGUCAACCAUGAGCUGGAUCGGAUGGGAUACAACAUUGGAUUGCGACUAGUUGAAGACUUUCUUGCAAAGUCGAACACAGGCACCUGCAACAACUUCCGAGAGACUGCUGAGAUCCUAUCAAAAGUUGGCUUCAAGAUAUUCAUGAACAUCACACCUCUGGUCACAAGCUGGAGUCAAGAUAACAAGGCCUUCACUCUGGUGUUCGAGGAGAACCCACUCAGUGACUUUGUCGAGCUCCCAGAUGAUGGAAGGGCACAAGAUGAGUUGUGGUUCAGCAACAUACUCUGUGGUGUGAUCAGAGGCGCUCUGGAGAUGGUGCAAAUGCAAGUCGAGGCGCACUUCAUCAGCGAUGUGCUUCGCGGAAACGACACAACAGAGAUGCGCAUCACCUUGAUACGUUUCAUUGAGGACGAGAUGCCUCCAGAUGACGAGUAG